AUGUGCAUGAUGUUCCUUGGGAUUUUGAGACCUAAUAGAGUAGACACACACUAUGAGACAAUCAAUGCCCCUCCCGGUUUUGAAACCCCGCCUGAAAAGAUCCUUUGUUCAAGAUGCGGCCACAUUACCAAUGCCGUAUAUAGAAAAACAUACAAGAAUUGUGUAUGUUUCUUUGUUCCCUGCCCGUGGGUAGAAACCGGGGAGCCAUUCUUAGCCUGUUCAAGAUGUAAUAUGCCCCUUGAGCAUUUUCCCCAAAAAGAAUGUAUAUCCUGCCAAACAUUAACGACCUUCAAAUCAGAUUACUGUCCAAUAUGUGGGGGUAGAAAGGAGAUGCCGACAGAAGAACGUGGUUAG